GCACAUUAUGCGACCUAGAAGGAACAAUAACCCUGCUGUGGACUACCGAGUGACAGCUUUUGGUCCCACUGGCUCCUGCAAACCAACUUUACAUCAGUUACUCACCCAUCAUGGAACCUGCUACUCAACUUUCAUUUCCGUUUGGUGACCUUCCAGUCGAGCUGGCCCUCCUCAUCCUUAAACAUGCGGCACAACCCAGUUUUUCCCAGACUGAACCAUACAAAUCUAAAAACCCAUAUUCAUUCGCCCUCGCUCUCUGUCUUGUCUCUAAAGAGGUCAGGAAAAUGGUGCUGCCCGAAAUUCUUCACACCGUGUUGCUCCCGCAAUUACACAAUGUGACAGCGUUCGCGGAUGCUCUACGUAUGCAGCAGGCAUACGCUCAGCAAGACCAUCAAUUUAAAUUCGACUACACGAAGUACGUGCGCAGGAUGUGGAUGGGCCAGUUUCGCGGCUCUCUCCGAGGACUUUCGCUCGACGGAUUUGGACCAAUGCAACCUGGGCCGGACCUCAGUCCCCUGGCCCCCGUCUUGUUGGCUGCACCAUCUAUUGCAGUCGACUUUGAGAAUCUGAACCUUCUGUCGGGCUGCCUUUUCCAUGCCGGGAAAUCCCGCGCGAACAACCACGAAGGUUCUCCAGCUCUGGACGGCCCAAAAACUUUGAUGGUAACCGGUUCUGAGUCCAUGACUCGCCAAUGGUCGUCCUACACCAAGACCGUCCAUGGAGCGGCUUUCCUCGCUUCCAUAUCUCACGUCAUUUCCAUCACACAUACAAUACCUGAUAGCACUCGGCACACGCGUGGCCUCUGCCACUGUGGCAAUGGAUCAAAAAUCUACCACAAGCUGCCUGAUUGGAUGGCGCGUGCUCCGCUCAGCAGUCUCCAGACCUUUUCAUUGCCCAUUCCGCAUAGCGCACACCCGCUUGUUGAAUGCGAGCUUAGCGGCAAGGACAUGAAAGUAGAGCUUUUGACGUUCUCUGUUUCCAAACUGUCGUCGCCCCCACGCACACUUAGGGGAAUGAGGAUGAUUCAGCAAGUGACGCGUUCUCCAUCGAAUCAUGGUCCUUUGGCGGUGUCCAAUCCUUCUUGUAUCCUUUGUCAAGAUUGGCUGAAAGCUUGGGCCUGUGGAUUGGGAAGCUGACGAGUAGUGUUAUGAGAUACAUAUGCUUGCUCGGCGCUAGUGGUUUCCUGCUGCUUGUACGCUUCUGCGGCACUUAGAAAGUGUUAC